UGAGACACCUCCUUGUCUUUGUUACUUCAGUUGGCAGACAUCAGCUUUUGCUCCAAUACGUCUAAACAGUCAGAAGAAUACAUUGGAAAAUGCAGUACUGGAAUUUAUUAGGAAACUACAACAGGAUCUUUCUAUAACUCACACUUUUAAUCAUCCACCAUCUGUAACAGAACGCACUAAGCCACCCUUAUGAUGGAUUCCCAACAACUCUCCCUGCUGUCCUCCUUGAAGGAAGAGUUGAAGCCUGAAGAUUACAUUCAGCCCCACUAUAAGGAGGCCUAUCGCCUUGCCAUUGAUUCCCUGGUGAAUGACGGCAGAGAGAGCUACCAGGAGUUCCUCAAGUCCGAGCGGAUAGGGAGCUUCCUCUCGGAAGAUGAAAUCCACUUCAUCACUACAAACGCCUCACAGCCAUUGCCUAGCAACCACACAGAAGAAAUUGAUGGCCCAGGUCCGGACGCUGCGGCCAGCAAGUCUUCAACUGGAACGUACUGGCCUGUGGACUCCGACAUAGCAACACCUGACUUGGAGUUAGGGUGGCCGGAGGUCAUGCCUGAUAGACUGCAAACCAAUAUAAAUCUGUUCUUCCAUCCACCCAGACUAAACAGACCCACCAUCAAAGAGGUGAUCCGGAAACACAUUCAGGAUGCCAGACAGGUUAUUGCAAUUGUAAUGGACAUUUUUACAGAUGUGGAUAUAUUCAAAGAGGUGGUUGAUGCCUCCACCAGAGGAAUUCCAGUUUAUGUGCUUCUGGAUGAAUUUCAUCUGCAAAGCUUUCUCUUAAUGGUUGAGAAUCAAGACAUCCAAAUCCCAAAACUUAGGAACAUGAGAGUACGCAUAGUGAAGGGUCAGGAUUACCUCUGUCGUUCAGGAUCUACAUUUCAUGGAGCAAUGGAGCAGAGGUUUCUGUUGGUGGACUGCCAAACAGUGGUGUAUGGAUCAUACAGCUUCAUGUGGUCCUAUGAGAAAAUCAACCUGAGUAUGGUGCAGGUCAUAACAGGCCAGCUGGUGGAGUCCUAUGACGAGGAGUUUAGAACGCUCUUCGCCCGUUCUUUCGUGCCAGCAGUUCUCACCCCUCCCGAGACUGUGCUACUAGAACGGAAUGGAAGACAUGCUCAGGCAAAGUAUGCUUCUGAAUCCAGACAAGCCUUUGAGAGGAAGGACCAGUUGAGACAUACCCUGGACACAGUGUACAGGAAAGCCUGUGAGAGACAGACGGGCAUGACGAGCCAUAUGGGAGAGAUGGAGGAGAGACUUUAUGACAAGGAGCCAUUUGAACACAGACCCAUGAUCAACCACGGCGAGAGUGUGCAAAACCGCAUCCAUCAGUUCCAGUCUGCAGAGACUGUGAACUUCCUGAAAAGGCACAGUUAUGCUGGGGAGAGACAAGAAGUCCCAUAUGUUCCACACAACACAAGGUAUGGGGCAAGCAACUGGAACGUGGCUGGGGAUGGAGGUAAUCACUGCGCUCCUGGAAGAAGCCACUUUACCAAUGCUUUGGAAGACCAUUCUCAGGGGGCACAGAUAAUCAGAGGUCGCAAUUUUCGCCAGUCCUACCACGGGAAUGACAAACAAGUCCGCUCUAUGCAGCGGAACAUGCCAACUUUGAAGAACACGGCUAAGUCCUUCUUGCGCACAUAUAGGAUAGAGUCUUACCUCAAUAACACUGAUGAUCCUAUUGGGGAAUCCUUUGACUAUCUGGACCAGUAUGAAGCUCAGGAAAACAAAACUAGCUCAUUGAUUCCUUCCAGACUUAGGUCAUCCCUUGUUUUCAAGUCCACUAUUCCAGAGAAACCGGAGACAAACAGUCACUCAAACAACUCUUCCUCUUCCUUACGUCAGGUCGACCCCUCUGCAAAGCCAAACAAUGCACCGUAUUACUCUUCAAUGCAAUUGCAAUGGAAUCCAGCGACAUCGAUGGAAAACAGAAUGAGACAAGAUGAAUACAUAAUGAAAAGGCGGAGUCUGCAGAUUUUGGAUGAUCCUAGGAAUAACAUUGGCUAUGGUCCAGGAAGAGACCCAUAUCAGUCGGUCUAUUCCUGCCUGGGAAGAGCCAAAGAGGGACUGGUAACGAAAGCCCCUGAGCUCCUUCAAGACAACUGGCACAAAAGACACAGUGUGGCAGACUCAAAGACCAACAGUGACUACAGAGUCAAUAAAGAGUCCUCCAGUCACAUGUACGGUAGGGCCUUUGGGAGGAGUCAGCCAGAUGGUGGUGGAAUAACAUUGGGUGCACAGAAUGGAGGAUAUUCUUCAAAUUUGAACAAGGAUCAGAGAUCUAUCUCUCAUUAUGACGUCAAAAACGUUGUGGACACAAAGAGCCCCCCUGUUUCUAAUUGGCAAGAGCCUCCCUACAGAACUGUGUCUGCAGCAGCCCUUGAUAUGAACAGCAAAGAGCCUCCCUACAGAACUGUGUCUGCAGCAGCCCUGGAUAUGAACAGCAAAGAGCCCACUUACAAGUCCACCAGCACAGCAUUGGGUUCACCUCAUUUCCUUAAGAAGAGCACCAAGCAAAUCAGAUCAUUGCUCAAAAUACCGGAGAAAAAAGAGGGUUCCCCUAAAGGGGGUUCCCCUAAAAGGGGUGGUAGCUCUGAUACCAUAGUCACAGACGAAGAGGGACAAAUACCAGAGAGAGAGAGGAAGGUUGCAUCACAGAGUAGCAUGCUUCAGAUGGACAAGAACCACUGUGCAGAUGAUAUAGGGUUAUCCUCAACCCCUCGUUUUAGCACUGAAGAGCUGCACCAAAAUCUUCCUGACAGAACUACAUCCAUGGGGACACAGGGGCAGCAUACGUCCAUUGAUAAAACGCAUGAAAGGGCAAGGCUUGCGUCAGGAAAUUGGCGUAGGGAUCGGGGUGGCGAUAGUCGUUUGUAUAGCAGAUUUGAGCCUUUCUGUUCAUUGGAGAAGGAGCAACCCCAUUCCUCACAAUCUGCAACAGGCCCUGCCCCCAUACACUCCCCAGAGAGGACCAAGAGCAUGUACUCUGCUAAAAGUAGCACCACCAAUGAACAACACAACCACACUGGCCAGCAGACACAUAGCCACCAUGAAAACAAACUGGGCAAAUUCAUACAAAGAGUGGGGCAUUUCAUUCACAAAAAUAAGUAGUAGAAAAGAAAGUUAGCAUCAUACAACAUGGAUUACUGGUCAAAUUUACAAAAGCGUUCAAGGGCCCAAUCAAAUGGUAGGCAGAGUGGAAACAGUGUACUGCACUAUUUAACUUGAAAACUGGUUACAUGAAGAGAUUACAUCCUUUUAGGACUCUUUAAGGCAAUGGCAAACCGAUUUUUACUUGAAUUAAA